AUAUACAUAUGUUUGGUUAUCUUUAGAUAUCAAAUUCAAAUUUGGAUAUCCAAUCUCCCCUAACUCGAUAACUGGUUCCAGUAUUUUCUAUAUUUUUGUUCAAUUUUUGGUUUGAAUUUUUUAGAUCGGUUCGUAUUCGGUUUUUGGAUCCGUGUAAAAUGUCCGAGCCUACUUUUUGGGAAAAACUUAAUGGUGUCCCCUAUUCUCGAAUCUAUUUGACUAUUUAAGAACACACGAAUCUGUACCAACAUUAAAAUGUUUCUGCAAUCAUGUAUACGUUGCUUUUUCUUCCAACAAUGAUGUAAUUUUCCAUCUUAAAUUCAUAAUCACUGGUUGCGUGACGUGAUCUCGUAUGAUAUACGGUGAUGUCAUAAAAGAGACGUCAUAUUUUAUAUGAAAGCGGUAUUCAGUAUUCACGUAUCACGUGAAGGAGAUCCAUGACCAUGAGCCGCCUGGCCAUGCUCACCACUGAUUCCUUCUAUUUCUCAUCAUGCGUGGGAUACACGCUUCACUAUCCACAUGUAGAUAUGUGGAAUGAUUCCACCUAUCCGAAGGCACGUGAGGUACACGAACCUAUCUCUUGUUUCGUUUCUCCUUCGGUCUUUCCCAUUAGUUUCCACUCUCCUUCCAAAAAGCAUAAAGAAAAUGUUAUAUAUAUACUUACGAUGAUGCUAGAGAUUAAUUAAAAUUUAUAAAUAACUGUACAAGUAUAAACAGAAGAUAUAAGCUCAUCUGGAUUCUCUCACCGGCAAACAACAUGAAGUCAUCAUCAUCAUCGUCAUGGACGUUUCUCACGACCACAAGCUUAGACCAGAGAAACCCAUCUCCGGUCGUUACAUCAAAGCAAAUGAAGAAGACAGCUUCAAGGAACAAACCCAUCAAAGUGCGUUACAUAUCAAACCCCAUGAGGGUCAAAACAUGUGCGUCCAAGUUUAGAGAACUCGUACAAGAACUCACCGGCCAAGACGCCGUCGAUCUUGAGCUUGAGCCCGAGUUUUCCCCUUCCGCGGUAUCCGACCACAGCCCUUCUCCGCCGCCGCCGGAGACUUUUGCGCCACAUAUUCCUCAUCAGGAGCCGUUCGAUGAUCUGGUAGCUGGCUACUAUGAGCCGUUGGAUGGGGAAGAGAUGUUCUUGUCGCAGAUGUCGAGAGGUUUUUCUGGAUAUUUCUCGAAUGAGUUUUACAAUGUGAAUGACUACCUUGGAAGGAUCGAUUCUUUGUGAAAAUAUUCGGAGUAUUUAGGGGUUUCAAGUACAUAUAUCUAUACAAUUAUGAAUUGCCAUACAUAUAUUUAAAUUGAUACAUGUAUAUUAAUUACUUAUACCAAGGUUUGUGAAGAGAAUUAUAAGGGAAUAAGUCACUUGUAAAAGGUUUGAAUGAACCUCUUGAUUUUGUUUUUGUUAGAUAAUUUUGAUAUUUUUUUUUUAA